CAAAAAAACAGUGGGAAAAAAAUAGGUCCUUUCAAGAAAACGACAGCGCGAGGAGAUUUGAUCGCGCUCCUCCAGUCCAGCCUGACCCCUUCCUCAAGAUCGUUCGUUCGAUUCAAUCUUAUCUCUCUCUCUCCCCUCUUCCAAAAUUCAAAAUAUUCUCCAGUUUUCUUUUAUUUGGUCGAUCAGCUACGGAAGUGACCAGACGAGCGCACAAGAGAUCGAAGAGUUGAGUCAAAGUUGUAGUUGGAAGGAGGGGCCAUCCUCCGAGCCGCGAGGGCAUGUUUGCCCCUCGAAAGCUAGGGUUUUGGAGGCUGUAGCAACGUGGUAUUUCCCUUUUUGGGUUGGAUUUGUUGGGCGUUAAGUUGUUUCUCCCUGUUUUGCCUCCGGGAUUAGCCAGUUGUAUUCUGGGAUUGGAAAGUUGACAUUUUUGGCGGUCUUUUAAGAAGACUCUCUGUGAUGGUGACGAUUGAUGAGUAGGAUUGGUGGGUUUGGAGAAGGAGAUGGUGAGCUAGUGCUUCCCGAGUUCCCGGAUGCCGAGCUUUGCUUCGUCGGCGGGGGUUCAGAACAACAGUACAGAGGGAAACACAACAAAUCCAUCCAGAGAAUCAUGCUUUGGGCUGCUCAAGCAGUCUAUUGCAGUUCAUAACGAUCUUGAAGCUACAACUAAACAAAGCGGACAAGUAAUUGUUUCAUAUCCUUCUCAAUUUGGUCAUUUCACUCAACAGCCUCUAGCUUCCGUUGGUGUUACAGCUUCAGCUUCUAAGGUUGAAUCUUUGGGACAACAACCUCACUUAUUAUUUUUGAGCAGUCAAUUUGAGAAUUGGGGAGAUUCGACAAUGGCAGAUGCUAGUCCUAGGACAGAUACCUCCACAGACUUGGACAUUGAUGAAAAGAAUCAGAUGUUAGAGCAAGGACAACUUGCUGUAACUGGAGCAUCUGAUUCUAGUGACAGAUCAAAGGAUAAAAGAUUGGACCAAAAGACACUUCGCCGACUUGCUCAAAAUCGUGAAGCUGCCAGAAAAAGUCGGUUAAGGAAAAAGGCCUAUGUACAACAACUUGAGAGUAGCAGAUUGAAGCUUACUCAGCUUGAGCAAGAGCUCCAAAGAGCACGCCAACAGGGGAUUUUUAUCUCUGGCUCAGCAGAUCAAUCACAUGCUGUGGGUGGAAAUGGGGCCUUAGCUUUUGAUGUAGAGUAUGCACGAUGGCUUGAAGAACAUAAUCGGCAGGUCAAUGAAUUAAGAGCUGCAGUGAAUGCUCAUGCCAGCGAAAACGAUCUUCGUUCUAUAGUAGAUGGUGUCUUGUCACAUUAUGAGGAGAUAUUUCGGCUAAAGGGCAUUGCUGCCAAAGCAGAUGUCUUUCAUAUACUAUCAGGCAUGUGGAAGACACCAGCCGAAAGGUGUUUCCUAUGGCUAGGGGGUUUUCGUUCAUCUGAGCUUCUUAAGCUACUUGCCAAUCAGCUGGAGCCUCUUACAGAGCAGCAACUAAUGGGCAUAUGCAACCUCCAGCAGUCAUCACAGCAGGCUGAAGAUGCUCUCUCUCAAGGGAUGGAGGCAUUGCAGCAAUCUUUGGCCGAAACAUUAGCCGGGUCUCUUGGCCCGUCUGGAUCUUCGGGGAAUGUUGCAAACUACAUGGGUCAGAUGGCCAUGGCAAUGGGGAAACUUGGGACUCUUGAGAAUUUUCUUCGUCAGGCCGACAACCUACGGCAGCAAACCCUGCAACAAAUGCAUCGGAUUCUAACUACACGUCAGUCUGCACGUGCACUUCUUGCAAUACAUGACUACCUCUCGCGCCUUCGUGCACUGAGCUCGCUUUGGCUUGCUCGGCCCCGCGAGUGAGGUGCUAAAUUUGAUUGCUCAUUCUGAUUACUUAUGACUGUAGAAUUGAACCGUCUCAUCAGUAGAGUAGCUUGGUCCUCUCAUGGUUGGAUUAGUUGUUGCUUAUUAGCUUGUCGGAGGCAAAGAUAGUGUAUACUAGCGACGAGAAAGUCGACGUCAGUCAUGCACGAUGUACCAUUUCCAUGUAAGAAACCCUACCAAUGUUUUAAUUAUUCUGUAUGCUUGUGAUGCUCAGAAUCGAUUGGUUGCAAUAAUACAUUCACUCAUCUUGUAAUGUUCAGGUGAGAAAUGCACGGUAUUUGUGUAUGUGAUUAACCUUGUGGUGUUGCUUUCUUACUGACUAUUUGGGGUUGCUA